AUGAAGAAGUUCAACCGCCCCGUUGAAAUUGUUCCCGGCGUCGGCAGUGAUGACCUACCUUUGAAUCAUUUCAGUACGGAGAACUUCAGCCGACUCCCCGUGGUCCGUAAUCUAGACUGGCGGGUCGACACGGCCGGCAAUCCUAUCAGGAGGGGGUUGAAAGACGCAAUAGGCUUCGUGGCUGCAUUUGGACACACUCGAGGCCAGGAAGCUUGGGAACGGUGCGCCUUCUGUAAGACAGGCAAGGGGCCCUGGGCUUCUUGCAUCGUCAUCUCGGAUCCUGUCAACCCAGACGCGAAGUACAACGGUUAUUGCUCCAACUUCCCGGUGGCUACGUCUGAUGACGAAGACGAAUUUCCGAAUAUCCGACAGCCUGACGAUGACAACGACCCGACCUACGAACUCACUACUGCUGUUGCAUCGUCGCUGCUGUAUAACAAUGAAAGCGAUGAUGACCUGCCGCUGCUUAGAGGUCUGGGAACUGACACGGUUCAAAAUUCGACCCUAAGCUCAGGAAAAUGUCCUAAGGCCGCUGGGACACUUGAGAAAAACAAGCGCGCCUCAUCCAAGUUCCAUGUCCCACCACAAAGGGAAAUCUUGCCUAAACCAAGAGUCAUAAAGCAGGAACUGCAAGGUGGGUGUUUCGAGGGCACAAGGGGCAAUGUGUCAACCGUCCCUACCUCACAGUCUCCUGCCAUUACUAGAUUACCCUUGAAUAUCAAAAAACCUUCUAGCUCUGUUGCGCUUCCCCGUCGCGAAGUAGCUGUUCCAUUCCCUCUUGGUGCCGACGCGUUUGACAAUUUGGAGCUUUUGAAGCAUGCCGAAAAGGAUAUGCUGGGGCACAUUGAGAAGAUCCGCAAGCGAAUUACGAUGCUGGAGGCGCAGCAGAUGGAGCAUCAUGAUCCUUGGGCUUAUGUUUAA